GAUUUCUGCAAAAAGUUGACGGCACGUGCAUUACCUUUUUGGGUGUUCUAUUGCAUUUCGUGAGUGCAGUUGUUUGUUUUCAACAAUAAACUGUGUUUAAUAACAAACAAAGCGUGCUAACCAAUCGUAAAACAGUGGAAAUUGUGAAAUUAAAUAUAAAGUGCACACAGUAGACAUAUAAAACGAAAGUGUAACAAUGGGUAAAAAUAACAAAAACAAAAAUAAUAAAACGGGCAGCAAUAAGCAGCAGUCUGCAGCCAAUGUCACCACCACCCACGCACAAGUUGCUGCACAGUCAUCUACAAAGCAACAACAGCAAAAACAACAGGUGCCAAUUAAACGCCCCACGCUGACGCUACAAAAACGCAAUGAACUCAAUUCACUUACCAAUGCAUUGUUCGAACUAGGCUUCAAACAGCCCGCAAACCCCAAAGAAGAAUGGGAUCAAUAUAUAGAGAUACAAACACUGUUGCAUCGUGUGCAAAUACUUGAAGCACCACUGCGCCGCCCCACCUGUAAUCCAACUACCGAAGCUCGUCUGGCUAACAUUGAAAAUUUUUAUAGUUGGGCAACUGAAAAUGGUUUGCGUUAUGACGGCGUGCGUAUAGCACAAUUCGCAGGCUAUGAAUUAGGUUUGGAAGCCACACGCGACAUAGCCGAUGAUGAAUUACUAUUUAGCAUACCGCGCAAGCUUAUACUCUCCGAAGAGAAUAUGGAUGUUGAAUAUACUCCAACGCAAUUCGGUUCAAUGUCGAAUUUAAAAUUGUCAUAUGUGCUGAUGUUGGAGGCUUUGAAACCGGAUAGCUUUUGGAAACCCUACAUUGAUUUGCUACCGGAAAAGUAUAAUACCGUUUUAUAUUUCACAACCAAAGAAAUGGAGAUGCUGCGCGGCUCAAAUGCCUUGCAUGCGGCAUUGUAUCAGUGUAAAGUGAUUGCGCGUCAAUAUGCGUUCCUCUACAAUUGCACCGUGAAGGCGCCGAGCGCAGAUAAAUUCAAUUCAAUGGGGCAGGCGUUUAAGGAGCAGUUCAACUAUGAUUUGUAUCGCUGGGCCGUCUCCACUGUCAUGACGCGUGAGAACUUAGUACCACGCUCACGUCCCCUGCGUAACGGUGCUGAUAAUGCUGGUGAAGGCAACGAAACCAUGGCGGCGCUCAUACCCUUCUGGGAUAUGGCCAAUCAUCGCCAGGGACGUAUUACCUCCUACUUCAAUAUCGAAACACAGCAGAUGGAUAGCACGGCUCAGUCCGAUUUCAAAGCUGGCGAACAAAUCUUCAUACAUUACGGCGAUCGUUCUAAUGCUGAUCUCAUGAUACAUAACGGCUUUAUCAAUCCAACCAAUCCCAAGGACUUUGUCAGCAUCAAACUCGGCCUUGGCACAACCGAUCCACUGGUGGAGAAACGCGCCAAAUUGUUGCAAAAGAUGCAGAUAGCAAAGAAUACCAUCUUGCAAGUGCUGCCAUCGCCCAAAUACAUCUCAGCCGAACUGUUGGCGUUCGUGCGCGUUUUCAACAUGAACGCACAACAGCUGGAACACUGGAUUACCUCAGAGCGUGCCAUGGAUCUGUUGCAUAUCGAUUGUGCGCUCGAAACUACGCUCGAAUCGAAGACUUGGCAGUACUUGCAGACACGCCUGAUGUUGUUGCUGCGCGUUUUCCCCACCACGCUAGGGGCGGACGAGGAGCAGCUGGCCGCGUACAAGAAGGGUGAGCUGUAUCUCUGCUAUGUCGAGGCGAUGGUGCUGGAGUAUCGUGUGUUGGAGAAGCGCAUAUUGGCGGCAGCGCUCGAUUACGCCAAGCAACGCGUCAAAACUUAAGUGACACGUGAAAUAUGCGACUGCGACGGACGAGCUGGCGAGACGAACAAAGGUGUAGUGUUGUACAGUGAGACAAAUAACAUAAAAUUCAUGCAAAUUUCUUGUGGCCAUUUAAACGUACAUAUAAUGCUCAUCAAAAACAUACAUAAAAAUAUUUAAUAUUAUUUUGAUUUUUUCGAAUUAAAAUUUUUAGUUUCGUUUAGUUUUAGUUUGAUUAAUAUUAAGUUCUACAAAAUAAUUUGUGUAAGUUUGCAUUUAGUUGACUGAUUAAUUCACACAAUAAUUUUUCAUUUUCCAUUUUUCAUUAUUAAAAAAAAAAAAAAACAAAAAGCGGUGAAUUUUACAAUUCAA